AGAAAGGAAAUUUUUUGAUAUGACUAGGACAAGUGAUGCAUUAGACGUCGUCGUCCAUCUGCUGAAAGAGCGAUUACCUCCACCAUCAGCGACAUGUGAAGGGUCGCAAGUGGAUUUCCCGGGAUUUCAAAGACGUUUGAAAACGUUCACAAGUUCUCGUUGGUUGGCCAUUUCAAUUGAUCCUCGUCAUUUGGCUGCUUAUGGCUGGGAAUCAACGUCUGAGGGAUUGCUGCGAUGUGAAACCUGCGGAGAAAUUUGGAAAUUGGUUCUGCCGGAUCUUCAUAGUGACACAGGUUUAUAUUCCGCUUGUCAUAAGAAGGCAUUGGAAAUGAUAGAACACUCAGCGCAUAAACCUUGUUGUUUGUGGGCCUCUUGUCCGUGUUUAAAAUCCUUUCUGAGUUUGCCGCAAACUGCUGUUGACGCCACUGUGACAGAGCUGGAAGUGAAUCGAUUGUUGUCUUCAUCUUCCGCAAAAAUGUUACCGGAAGUGCCCGAGAUUUGUGAUGCCAGUUUGGUCCAGGACAUGAACGAUACUCAGAUUGAGCGUCUGGAGCAGUUCAAGCGGAGCUUCUUGGAAAGAUAUCAGUGCGAAAAGCAAGUAAGAAAUGCUGUCCUCCUGGUUUUGUCUGGCUGGAGGCUGAACGAGAAGAACAAUGGUCUCAUGUGCGAAUACUGCUUUCGUAACAUGGACUUCGAAACGUUGAAAGUGUUGAAGACCGGCUUCGAUGCCUUUACUGCACACCGACCGUGGUGUUCUUGGGUGAUGGAUAACACAAUGACCUCUCCGAAAUGCCCCAAAGGCUAUUUGCUUGCCACUGCCGAGCUGUUGGCAAACAAGAUGGAGCCAAAUACGACUACCAGAGACUUGAUCGGUUUGCUUUAGCAUGUUGUUAUAUCCGCGGUUGUGUUUGUAUGUCCUUUCGAAAAAAAAAAAAAACUAAAAUCAAUAAAAUAUGGGGAGAAAAACCUGGAUUAUUUUAUCCAUUCCAUACGCGAAGAAAUUGAACGAAGUAUCUUGCCAG